AUGGCCCUCGACUUCGCCAACGCGUCUUCUUUCCUCUCCUUCCCCGAAACGGCCUACGCCGCUUCGAUGAACACCCUGCAUCAGAUCUUCGCGAAACCACUACCGAGUUCGGGAUGCGGGAAGAGUUUCGCCGAUGACACCACCACUACCACGGAAACCGAGAUCGAGAUUGAAAUCGAAACGGAAGAGACGACGAAGAAGAAGAAGAGGCGGUAUAGAAUCCACCUGCCACCCAGCUACACUGCUCACGCCGCGCGACCCGCGAUCUUCGUGCUCCAUGGCGCGAACCAGACCGCCGCGGAGAUUGAAAGAAUUACACAGUUUUCUGAUCCGGGGAUUAAUCCUUAUGGGAUAGCGGUUUAUCCGGAAAUGGCACUUCAAGAAGAAGAAGAAGGAGGAGGAGGAGGAGAAGGAAAAGGAGAUGAGAUGCGCUUCCUCGAAGCGGUUCUGGACGACGUCGAAGGGAAAUUCUGCGUGGAUAGGAAUCGAAUUUACGGGGCUGGGUUUGGGGAUGGAGGGGGCUUGUUGGGGUGUUUGGGGAAGUUGGGAAGCAGGGCUGCGGCUGUUGCUGUCGUGUCGGGGAGGUUUGAUGGUGCUUGUGGGAAGGAUGGGGAUGGGGAUGGGGAUGAGAAUGAGAAUGAGAAUGAGAAUUCGAGGAUCAGGAGUAGGAUGCCAUUCCUAGAAAUCCACGGGGAUCGGGACACCGUGGCUCCCUACGAAGGGACGCAGAGCAACGACACACUCCCGAUCCGGCAAAUCCUAGACCAAAUGCUACAACUCAACGGCUGCGGGGCUCCCGAAGAAGACAGCGGAACGACAAUCCCCGGCCUCGCAGGCGCGGAUUCGAAUUCCACGCACGUGUACAAUGGCGGCGCCGUGGUGCGGUAUUCCUGGACCUGUGCACAGGUGGAACAAGUUGUGGAGAAUUUCGUCGUCAAAGGUUUGGGACACGGAUGGCCGAGCACGACGGCAUUGCCCAGCGCUCUGGAAGUUUUGCGACGCGGACCGACGAGUUGGAAUGCGUCCCAGGUGAUUUCGGAGUGGUUUGGGCGGUGGGCGCUGUGUGAUGGGAGCGCUUGUCCCGGGGCGGAGAGGCCGAGGGAGACGCGGCGGGGGUUAUUGGUGGAUGGGGAGAGGAUGCCUUGGAUUGCUGGGUAG